GUGAUGAUUUCACCGGGGACUUUGCGGAAAACUCUGGCGAGUUUCUAUCCGUUUCUACCGACCGACUCGCCACUUUCACCGGUGUGAAGAAAGUGCCUGUAAAGCUACACUGCGCUUUCAUCUGCUCCUUAGUCCUGGUUUCAUUUCGCAAUGGAGUCUCUGACUCUGAUCCAUCUCUAAGUACUGAUCUCAAUCUCACUUCCGUCUGUUCAUAUGGAUUCGUCGAUCAUCUCCCUUUCCGGCACAAUAUUCGCCGUCAAUUGUCGCCUUCUCCCGUGCAAUGUUGCUCAUCAUAGACUGUGUCCUCCGAGACAUCCGGUCGUCGUCAAUACCUCUUCUCGCUGGCGACGCCAUGAACUUUCUGAAUUUCGCCGGCCUGCUGCCGUUCCUUCCUCCAUUUCUGCUACAGCUGCCAGCAAUUCUCAACCUCCUAAAGAUGGACAGUACACAGUUGGUGAUUUCAUGACUAGAAAAGAGGAUUUACAUGUCGUUAAAACUACAACAUCCGUUGAUGAAGCCCUUGAUGCUCUAGUUGAGAAACGAAUAACUGGAUUUCCUGUCAUAGAUGAUGAUUGGAACUUGGUUGGCGUGGUGUCUGAUUAUGAUUUAUUGGCACUUGACUCCAUCUCAGGUGGUCCCCAAGGUGACACAAACUUGUUUCCAGAUGUUGAUAGUACUUGGAAGACUUUUAAUGAAAUCCAACAACUGUUGAACAAAACUAAUGGGAAAGUUGUUGGUGACCUCAUGACUCCAACUCCUCUUGCUGUUCGUGAAAACACUAAUCUUGAGGAUGCUGCAAGAUUGUUGCUUGAAACAAAGUAUCGUCGAUUACCAGUGGUGGAUGGUGAUGGCAAACUGGUUGGGAUUAUUACAAGGGGGAAUGUAGUUAGUGCUGCCCUUCAAAUAAAACGUGCCAUUGAGAAGAUGCAGUGACU